AUGAACGGCACAGAGACCAGCAGAUCGACGGAAACUGAGUUCGUGGGCUGGGUCCCCGAGGAUUCAAACCGCGGCACAUGGUCUCUUAUCACGUCUUGCCUAUUCACCAUCGCCAUCUGCACGUGGACGGCCAUUCAUCCACGUAUUCAUGUCUCUCGUCAGCUUCGGCAUCAGCACAAGUUCUACCAGCUUGUCAAAGCCGUCCUGGCACCUGAGAUGGUAUGCCUCGAGUCUUUGCAAGAGUUCUUACAAGCUCGCAAAGCUGUCAGACGAUGUGCUGCCACUACGAACAAUGAGUUCAAGACAGUGCAUGGCUUUUAUCUCUGCAUGAUGGGUGUCCGCUAUAAAUCUGGGCAUAAUGGGGGUUACCGAACUCUCUGGCCUGGCCAGUAUGCCUGGCUCUUGAAUAACGGUCUGGUAUCAUGGCAGGAUCAUAAAAGUUGGGGCCUUGCUAGGGAAGAGAUCGCUGAUAAGAACAAGGCUGAUGGUCUGGUGAAACUGGCCGCUCUUCUUCAGGUCGUAUGGUUCACGGUACAGUGCAUCACACGCUCAGCUCACCAUCUUCCUUUGGCAACUAUCGAGACCAUGACGCUGGCCUACGUGUUCAACGGCCUAGUCACGUAUGCCUUCUGGUGGGAGAAGCCUAAGGAUAUCGUCACCGCCUCGUUCGUUAGCUUGCCAGAAAUAACCCCUCUUCAGUGGGAGAAGUUCGAGAGUCUGGUAAUGGAAAACACCUAUGACGUUUCCGAUCCCGAUCAAAAACAGGACAAUUCUAUCGCUUGGUACGUUGUACCGCGCGAUUAUCGAGACGACGAAGUCGGUGUCAUGGAGGAUCUAGAACGAGAUGCAGAAGAAAGCGUUUCUACGACCGAGCCCAAGUCCCAAAAAGUCGAACCGACUGUCACUGAAGUCGAGGCUGACAACGUCAUCACUGAAUGGGACUCAGGUCUAUACAUGACAAGAUAG